UGGAGCUGGAACUAGAGCCGGAGGACGUUUACUUGGACAUCACUGAUCGCCUUUGUUUUGCCAUUCUUUACCAGAAACCAAAGAGUGCUGCAAACAUACACUAUUUCUCCAUAGAUGACGAAUUUGAAUAUCAGAACUUCUUGGCAGAUUUUGGACCACUCAAUCUGGCAAUGGUUUACAGAUAUUGUUGCAAGAUAAAUAAGAAAUUGAAGUCCCUUACAUUGAUAAGGAAGAAAAUAAUUCAUUUCACGGGUGCUGAUAAAAAAAAACAAGCAAAUGCAGCUUUCCUCAUGGGGUGUUUCAUAAUAAUAUAUUUGGAGAAAUCUCCUGAAGAUACCUAUAGGAUGCUGUUGGUUGGAAACAUAUCCUAUGUUCCUUUCAGGGAUGCUUCCUAUGAUACUUGCACUUUCUACUUAACACUACUUGACUGUUUUCAGGCAGUUCAUAAGGCAAUCCAUUAUGGCUUCCUUAAUUUUGAAAAAUUCGACCUUGUUGAAUAUGAGCAUUAUGAAAAAGAAGAAAAUGGAAAUUUAAACUGGAUAAUUCCAGGCCGAUUUAUUGCCUUCUGUGGCCCUCAAUCAAGAAACCGACUUGAAAGGGGUUACCACUAUCAUGCACCAGAAGCCUAUGUUCCUUAUUUUAAAAGGCACAAUGUUACAACCAUUAUUAGACUCAACAAAAAGGCAUAUGAUGCUAGGAGAUUUACAAAUGCCGGUUUUGACCAUCAUGAACUUUUUUUUGCUGAUGGCAGUACACCUAGUGAUGCCAUAGUCAAAGAAUUUCUGAAUAUCUGUGAAAAUGCUGAAGGUGUUGUAGCAGUUCAUUGCAAAGCUGGUCUUGGAAGAACAGGCACCCUUAUAGCCUGCUAUAUCAUAAAGCAUUAUAGGAUGACAGUUCCUGAAACCAUUGCCUGGAUCAGAAUCUGUAGACCUGGUUCUGUGAUUGGACCUCAGCAACAUUUUUUGGUGUCGAAGCAGGCAAGCCUUUGGACAGAAGGAGAUUGUUAUCGCAAGAAGUUAAGGGACCAGGAAAAUGGAAGACAUGCAGCUGCAGUCACAAAAAUCCUAACAGGGGUUGAUGACAUUUCAAUAUGUGAAAUCCAGUCUGAAGAAACUAAAGAUUCUUCUUCUUCUUCUUCUGAUGAAACAAACAGAAUGACUCAAGGUGAUAAGCUACUUGCCCUGAAAAGUAGAAGGCAAAACCAGGCAACUUCUAUUCCUCUAACAUGUAUCCUAGUUGUGUUGACCUUUGCACUAUGUAGUAUUAUCAUCUGGUAUUGUGACUGUAUUCUUCCCAUCCUGCUAUUCUGUCUAGAUGGUUUAAGAACCUAGUAACCAUCAGGACCCUUUGACAGACAGCCACUGUUAGCC